UGCAAGGUACAUUCGUGCAUGCACGUCCUUGCUCAGGGCUACUACUUUCCUCUAACAGGUCUUUCUAUAGUAUCAGUCAUGUGCUCCGAGUGUGCCUUUUGUUCCUCCGUAAGAUAUGUGUGCUUCUGAUCUGAUCCAUCCAGGUUUUUUCAUCCUCAGAACAUAUGCGCUCUGGAACAAGAAUAGAAUCUUGCUGGCAACCAUGCUGUCCACCGCUUUCAUUUUUCUCGUAGCAUCCUUCAGCAUUGACUUCACCGUUACCGUCCCCACAGCAUAUGCGACUAGCGCGAUCCCGGGCAUCACAGGGUGCUACCACAGUUCGAUCAAUUUCCGACUCUUCAUACAAUUUCUUCUCCUUUCUGUGUUCGAACUGGGAAUAAUGAUGCUCACGCUUAUACGCGCCAUGCAGAGCUGGCGGAUAAACUCAAGCCGUCUGUACGUUGUCCUGGUGAAACAUAACAUAUUCUAUUAUUCAUGUGGUUUUUUGUUCUCAGUGGCGAACAUAUUCACAUCGCUGCUCCUCCAUUACGCCUACCACACCAUGUUGUCCGCGUACAGUUUCCAGAUCGUGAUCCUUGCGAUCCUUGCCACGCGCAUGCACCUCAAUCUCUGGCAGAUGAACCAACAUGCACACCGCUCUGGCGCCCUUGUGCGUAUUCCAAUGUCCGACAUGUCAUCUGUAAAUUCCACGGUGUGAUGUCUCAUCCUGUGGCUUAUUCGGUAUCGUUCGUGGAGCGAGGCUUGGACUGUAAGAGAUGACUGGUAGGGGUGGGUUUAGUAAAGAGAGAUAAUUUCUUUAUU